AUGUAUCAAGCAAAAAGCAUUCUACAGUCAUUGUUGAUGAUCCUUUUUUUCCGAAUUAGCAUUUCUACCGACUCCAUCACACUCACUCAGCCUGUUAAAGAUGGUGAUGUAUUAGUCUCUGGUGGAGAAAGUUUUGCGCUUGGAUUCUUUAGCCCCAGAAAUUCCAGCAACCGGUAUGUGGGUAUCUGGUAUAACAAGGUGUCGGAGCAAACGGUAGUAUGGGUUGCCAAUAGAGAUCAUCCGAUCACUAACUCAACAGGUAUCCUAUCACUUGAUGAAACAGGAAACCUCGUCUUGCGUGAGAGUACUCAGCCUUUUGUGUUCUGGUCGACCAACGUUUCUGGAGUGGUGAAUAAUAAUGAUGUUUCCGCUCAGUUGUUGGAUUCCGGGAAUUUGGUGUUGUUUCAAGGUCAAAACAGACAGGUUUAUUCAUGGCAAAGCUUUGAUCAUCCUUCAAAUACUAUUCUUCCGGGUUUGAAAUUCGGGAUAGAUAAGAAAACGGGUAUGAACAGGAUGGCUACGUCUUGGAAAUCCAGUGGGAACCCUGGCAUCGGGGAGUAUUCGUUUAAAAUAGAAACUGCUGGGUCAACUCAGUUGUUCUUGUACAAAGGUACGACAGCAGUUUGGCGAGGCGGCUCAUGGACGGGUCAUGGGUGGAGCGGUGUACCGGAGAUGACACAGAACUACUUGUUUAACGUCACUUACACAGACAACAACGAUGAGGUAGCACUAGUUUACCUUAUACGUAACUCAUCAAUUUUCUCAAGAUUAGUCCUUAACGAGUCUGGGAAAGUUGAGAGGUCAACAUGGCAUGAUGCAGAUCGUCGGUGGAUUGUGUUCUGGUCGGCUCCAAAAGACGAGUGCGAUGGCUACAGCCAUUGUGGUCCUUUUGGCCUUUGUGAUCCAUACAAGUCCGGAACUUUCGAGUGUGAUUGUCUUCCAGGGUAUGAGCCUCGGUCACCACAAGAUUGGUACCUCAGAGAUGCGUCCGGAGGAUGUAAGAGAAAGGUCGGGACCGAGGUGUGCAAGGAGGGAGAGGGGUUCGUGGAGUUGGCACGUGUGAAGGUACCCGACACGUCGACAGCACGCGUGAACAUGAGCUUGGGAUUGGAAGCAUGUAAAGGGUUGUGCUUGAGGAAUUGCACGUGCAUGGGGUAUGCAGUUGCUGAUAUUAGCGGAGGGGGGCGAGGCUGCGUCACUUGGUAUGGAGAGAUGAUUGAUACAAGAAGUUAUUCAGAUGGGGGCCAAUCUUUCUUUAUCAGGGUGGAUGAAGAAGAAUUAGCCAAAUACUCAACAAAUAAACCUAAGAGCUCCCAUCAAAACCCAUUUGUGAUCAUUGGGUUGCCAGUGAUUGCAGCAGGGCUUAUCAUUUCUGUGUUCAUCUGUUGUUACAUAAGGAAAAAGAAAGCCAAUCAAAGUAAACGCGAAAUCCGAUUAGGUUUUAGUGAUAGCUUGAAAUCCGUGGAAGGUUCUUUCAUGGAGAAGGAUUUUGGAGAAAACGUUGAUUUACAUGUGUUCGACCUGAGCACAAUAGUUGCAGCAACCGAUAAUUUUUCUUUUUCAAACAAACUAGGAGAGGGUGGCUUUGGCUCAGUUUAUAAGGGUAAGCUACUUAAUGGGCAAGAAAUAGCUGUCAAAAGAUUAUCGCAAGGUUCAGGUCAGGGGAUGCAUGAAUUCACGAACGAAGUGACAUUGAUAGCAAAACUUCAACAUAGGAAUCUUGUAAGGCUUUUGGGAUAUUGUUUUCACAAAGAAGAAAAGAUGUUAAUCUACGAAUACUUACCAAACAAAGGCUUGGACUCUUUCAUCUUCGAUCAAGAAAAAGGGUGUCUUUUGGAUUGGAAAAAACGGUUUUUGAUCAUUCGGGGAAUCGUUCGUGGAUUGCUAUAUCUUCAUCAGGAUUCUAGGCUCAGGAUCAUCCACAGAGAUCUGAAAGCAAGCAAUGUUUUGCUAGAUGCAGAUUUAAACCCUAAAAUUUCAGAUUUUGGAAUGGCAAAAAUAUUUGGAAGCGAUCAAGACCAAGCUAUAACACGUAGAGUUGUUGGAACAUAUGGCUAUAUGUCUCCGGAGUAUGCAAUGGAAGGUCUUUUCUCAGUGAAAUCCGAUGUCUAUAGCUUUGGAAUUCUAGUUUUGGAGAUUAUCAGUGGAAGGAAAAACAACAGCUACUAUCUAGAGAACUCAGUUAAUUUGGUCGGACAUGUUUGGGAUUUAUGGAAACAAGAUAAAGCUUUGACAGUGGUCGAUUCAUCAUUAGGAGAUGCAUAUGAUGCUCGUGAAAUUCUAUUAUGUAUCCAUGUUGGGAUUCUAUGCGUUCAAGAAUCGGCAACUGAUCGGCCAACAAUGACAGAUGUAGCAUUUAUGUUAAGUAAUCGUGAGACACAACUCCCUACUCCUAAUCAACCAGCAUAUAUCUUUAGACAAUUAAAUUAUGGUACAGACUCAACAACAGCUUCGGCUAGUUGUGGAGAUGGGUCAGUCUAUGAUAGGAGCAUCACUACUGUUUAUGCUCGGUGA